AUGACUAAGAGCGCACGGACGCUCAGGAAUACUCUGUGGUUAUGUGGGCUUCUCUUCGUCAGCCUCACUGGAGCAGAGGGACUGAGCCACUUCCCAGAACACUUCGUGGUGGCAAAGAGGAACAACGCAAACCCCGUCACGCUGACCUGCCGCACGGAGGACCCCGGAGCCGUCAGGUGGAAGUUCCACGGCGAGGCCCUGGAAGACGUUCACCUCGAGGACAAUGCCCAGCAGCACGGACACCACCUGGCCCUCUCCGAGGUGGACACACCCAUGUUGGGAGAAUACAGCUGCUGGAGGGGAACAGAGAUGUUAUCAUCCACCUUUCUGCUGCUCAGGGCCGACGGGGAAGAAGAGUCAGAUUCUCCCUCCUUCAGCUGUUGGGCAAAGUCUUACGACUGCACCUUCAGCUGUGAGUGGACCAGCAGUGAACAUAGCGCAGUGCGUCUCGGACUGGGCCGUGACUGCACCGAGGCCAGGAAGUCGUGUCGCUGGAUCAGCGGCCAUCGGCUGGAGGACGGGACGUUCCAUUUGGAGUUGUCCCACCCUGUGUCGCGCUACGCCGAGGAAAGCACUAUGCUGGAACUCACUGCUGAGGCCAUCGUGCACCUCUCCGUCGUCAGGACGACCCAGAGGUUUUACCUGAGGGACAUCGUCAAACCCGAUAGUCCCCAGAUUGUGACGUGUCAGGAGGGGGAGGACAACCUGAACGUGACUGUUGUCCCCCCGCCCAGCUGGUCGACCCCUCACAGCUUCUUCAGCCUGGAACACCAAAUCGAGUACAUUUUGAAAGAUGACGGCAGGAAAGAAUACUCCUCCUUUGUCCUCCUGCCGAAGGGCGUCAGCCAGCUGAGGGUUCGUUCCAGAGACUCUCUGGUCCUCUCAGCCUGGAGCGAGUGGACCGAUUGGAAAAACGUCAUAACGGGGAAAAAGAGCCGAUGCAAAUGCAAAAACGCAGCAAUAUCUUGCUGCCCAGAGUUACCAUCUGGAUUCUUGGACAGCUGCAAGAAGAGACGCAAAAAUAAAAGGAAGAAACACAAAGAAUCUCAAUAAGAAUAUGCAUUGCAACAAGGAUCUUGUCAUAUUGGAAAUAAA